CGCCCUGCGACCCGCGUUACUGCGAACUUGCGACCGGAUUCGAGAAGACAAGGAAACGGCACACGGCAAACACCCGGCUUCCUUGGGGGGGUCUUGGUUCCUUGUCAGCCAUGUCAGACAAGCACCACACCUGAUCAAUCACUGCAACACGUUAUCUCCCCCCCUGGCCCUCCAAUCCGAGAAACCGUCGCAACUCACCUCUUCCACCUUCAAAGGUUUCAAUUAUACAUUCGACAACCAUAAUAAUCAUUAUAUUCCAAUUUCGAUUAUUCUUUCUACUACGUAAUGUCCUGCGCUCCUUGCGUCUACUAGGCGAUACAUCGUCUAGUUUAUUCUAUUUGAAUCAAUAUUGCAGGGAUUGAAGUGCGCAUUCGUUGUCUUUCUUUAUCAGCUUGCGGGCUGCUGCUGCGUCAACUACGCACACAUCGUCAGGACGAUAAUUAUCUUUUAACCAGCAACUCACUAUUCCAGACCAGGUGUCACCCGUUUACUGAUUAACUCCGGGCUUCUUAACGAUCCUUCGAGGCCAUACACAGUUAUUUUCCAUCGCCAUCGGCUCCGAGCUUUCGUUUCACUUCGUGGUUAGCAUCUACAUUAACCAUACCCGACUAUUACCCCCUCGCAUCAUAUGAUAUAUUCAUUUAUGCCAUUGCGAAAUUAUCACCGACGCAAAGAUGAAGUUUCUCCCGCUUCGCGAUUUCGACGUCAUCACCUCGGCGCUAAACUUCAGCACAGCUGAGUGUCGUGUCAAAGGCGGAUGCGAUCUGUACACGACAAAAGCGGCUGGUUCUGACAAGAAACUAUACAAAUCAAUUGAAACAUCUCUCGAAGCUCAACAUGCGGCGCUCAUCAAAUUUGGUGCGUCGCUCUCACCGCCACAACGCAAGGAGAUGGCUGCAUCUCUUAAUCUAUCCCGUUCCAGCCCAUUUGGCAAUAUGAGCGAGAUUUCGAGCCGCCGCACCUUUGCCUAUCUCAUCGCGACAUUGAACGCGAGCCAUCCCGAUUAUGACUUCUCCCACGUCCUGCGCCCGACGGACUUCCGCCGCGAGCGCAACCUACAACAUGUAAUGGCAAACAUUGAUAACACGUUGAAUAGUGUGCGACCGUUGGGUUCAUCACUCCUUUCGCCCGAUUCCAACUCUUCGUAUCGUUCUUACGGUGGUUCUCCUGCGCAGAAUCUAGCUUCAGGAGGCGAUGCGAUUAGUCCUACAUGGAGUCCACACAUGUGGACCAUGAUCGAUAAAGAGAUGACACUGAAGGACUGCACGGUAUUUUCGUAUCAACCUCUCGAGGACCCUUUUGAUGGUGACGAGUCCGCUAUCUGGCGUCUUCAUUAUUUUUUCUUCAAUAAAAAUAAGAAACGUGUUGCAUAUCUAUAUGUUAGGGGUUUACCGAACUUAGUCAACUCGCCCGCGCUUGCGCCCCAUAGGCGCGGGAGUAAUGGACUGUCCAAACGCCACGCGACACCCCUACCUGGUAGCUUGGGUGCGAACAAACGCGCUAGGUUCUGGCUAGGAGAUCAACUUGCGAGUCGUAUUAUUAUCGACAAUGAUUAUGAUGAUGAGUACGACGAUGACGAUAUGAUCCAGUAUGACCCAGACGAGGAUAUUGAGAUCGAUCCGUUGCACGAUCCCUCUUCCGAUGAGGAGAGCGAUCAGUAUGAUGAAGAUGACGAGGAAAGCGAAUACGAACAUGUUGCGCAUUCUAUUAGGGGCAUGAGUGAAGACAUCGCGGCGAGGAUGGAAAUGUAAAAAACCGGUAUGAUAUUAUCCCCACGGUCGGAUUCGGCUCCCUUUCCAUUAUUCCAUUUCUUUUUGGCGUUCAAGGAUGGAAUG